AUUUCUUGAAAAGAUAAGCGGAAGAGUGAAGAGUCUUCUCGAAGGAUCGCACCAGGGAUCAUGAGUUACGGGUGAUGGUGGUAAAGUUGUAAAUAACUAAAGGAAAGUGGGUCCCAGCCGAAGGUCAAGUCUCAAUUUCAGCUGCAAUCACCUCAUUCAUUCUCAUUUUCUCUUUUCACUUUCGCAUAUUGCUCUGUUCAUGUACCGAAAGAUCUGCUUCAUAUUCAUCGAUCUUCUACACCUGUUCUGCAAAAAUUUUUGUGGGAUCCAGUGAGUGACAUAAAGCUGAGUUUUUGAAUUGGAAAACCCAUUGAGAUAUUCCACCCAAACGACCCACCAAGCAGAGUUAUGGGUAUAUUUGAGUCAGAGUUAUAAGAAUUGAGUGUGGAGAUUUGAGUGAUGAGUGACCUCCAAACCAAACAGGGCCUUAAGCUUAUUGUUUUGUCAUUUCCUUUUCCCCUCAAAUUUCUUGAAAAGAUAAGCGGAAGAGUGAAGAGUCUGCUCGAAGGAUCGCACCAUGGAAACUUCGUGGAAGAGGGAUCUCCCUACUUUCUGUUUUAAAACCAAUCCACUCGUAAUUUUUGAAGUGCUAUUUGCGUGUGUUGACUUGACUCAUUCCUAUUUUCAUAUACCUUCUCCCGUCUAGUACCCACUACACAACUUCCUCAACUCUUACCAACUACCAUUCCCAUUUCUAACACUUCUUUAGUUGCUUCUCAUCUCCUCAUUGAGAUAUUCACAACUUCUGCUCAUAGAUCUUAUGGCUUUCCCUACCAAUAGAGACCCCUCUUCUUCUUCUACUCCCCGAUGGGAAUACGAUGUUUUCUUAAGUUUUCGAGGUGAAGAUACUCGUAAUAGUUUUACGGGCUAUUUGUAUGAGGCUUUAUGUCGGGAGGGUUUUAAAACUUUCAUCGAUUAUAACCUUCCGAAGGGAGAAAAUAUAUCCGAAGAACUUUGCCAAACCAUCGAAUUGUCAAUGAUUUCAAUUAUUGUAUUUUCUAAAAGCUUUGCAUCUUCCAAAUGGUGUUUAGAUGAACUUGUCAAGAUUCUUGAGUGUAAGAAAAUUGGGCAGGUGAUUUUACCAGUUUUUUACAAAGUGGAUCCAUCAGUAGUACGUAAACAUGCGUUGAUUGAAUAUGAAGAAAAAUUCAAGGAGAAGGUAAAGAAGUGGAGAACAGCUCUAACUGAAGCGGCUAACCUGUCUGGAUUUCAUUACGAGGAGGAUAGCUACCCUGAACCUCAAUUUAUCUGAAAAAUUAUUGAAAAGAUAUCAAGUAUUAAAUUAAGUCAUACGCAGUUAUUUGUUGCUAAAUGUCCAGUUGGAGUAAAUUCUCAUGCAGAGGCCGUAGAAUUGCUUUUAGAUACAAACUCAAAUGAUGUUCUCAUAGUAGGGAUUCAUGGAAUGGGAGGGAUAGGUAAAACUACAAUUGCAAAAGCUGUUUAUAAUCGAAUUGCUUAUUGUUUUGAAGGAAGCAGUUUUCUAGAAAAUAUUAGAGAAAGGUCAAGGACAAACGAAGGAAUAAUUCAACUACAAAAGACACUUCUUCAUGACAUCUCAGGAGAUAGAAAAUUGGAAGUGAGUUGCAUAUCCAAAGGAAUUAAUGUGAUAAUUGAUAGACUUUAACCUAAAAGGGUUCUUUUAAUCCUUGAUGAUGUGGAUGAAUCAAGCCAAAUAGAUUUUUUGCUUGAAAAAUGUGAUUGGUUUGCUCCUGGAAGUAGAAUUAUAAUAACAACAAGAGACAAACAUGUGCUAACUGCUUUUGGGAAAGGAACUUUAAUGUAUAAGGUUAACAAAAUGGGUCCAGAUGAUGCUAAGGAACUUUUCAUUCGAUAUGCUUUUGAAACAAACAAACCUGAGACAACUUAUUUGCAAUUGGCAGAGAAGAUUAUACGUUUUGCUUAUGGUCUUCCAUUAGCUCUAAAAAUAAUAGGUUCUGAUUUGCGUGGAAGAAGUUUACUUGAAUGGGAAAGUGCAUUAGAGAAGUAUAAAAAGAUUCCAAACAAAAAAAUUCUAAAUAGACUCAAAAUAAGUUAUGAAGGAUUGGACCAAAUUGAACGAGAUAUUUUUCUCGAUAUUGCAUGUUUCUUGAAGGGGCGAAAAAAAGAUUUUGUUCUAGAUAUAUUAAAGGCUUGUGAUUUAUAUCCAAAUUUUGGUAUUGCAAAACUUAUUGAUAAGUGUCUCAUAACUGUUGAUUGGAAUGACAUCUUAUCGAUGCACGACUUGGUAGAACAAAUGGGAAAGGAAAUUGCUCUUCAAGAAUCACAAGUGCCUGGAGAACUUACUAGGAUAUGGCGUUAUGAGGAUGCUUGUAAUGUUCUAAUUGGAAAUACGGGAUCGGAAAAAAUUCGAGGCAUAAUGUUGCAGUCACUUGAGCUAGUACCGGUACAGUUGCAACUUCAUCCUCAAGCUUUCAGAAGAAUGGAAAAUAUCAAAUUUCUUAUAUUUAAAAAUGUUUACGUUGGUAAUCGACUUGAAUAUCUCCCAAAUGGAAUUAGAUUUCUUGAUUGGCCUUUCUAUUCCUUUUCCUUGCCAUCCAAUUUUUGUCCUCGACAACUUGUCUGCCUCAACAUGCCUCAUAGUUACAAUAAUAUGGAGCAGCUAUUCAAGCAGGAGUUCCCAUUCGAAAUAUUGAAAGAAAUCAAUUUCAGUAGCUGUAAAUCCAUUCAAAAAUUACCUGAGUUGUGGACUCCAAAUUUGGAGAAAUUAGAUCUUUUAUAUUGUGAAAAUUUAGUUGAGAUUCAUGAAUCCGUUGGACUUCUCAAUAAGCUGAAAACUUGGAAUCUUAGUAAUUGUCGCAAACUUCAGACUCUUCCAAGAAGACUCAAGUUGAAUUCCCUUGAACAUUUUGAUCUUAGACACUGCUUAAGGCUUAAGAAGUUCCCUGAUAUUCAUCCAGAAAUGAAAUGUUUAAAAUCACUAUUAAUGUUUCAGUGUGGUAUCGAAGAAUUGCCUUCAUCAAUUGGGUAUCUCACUCAGCUUCAAAAGUUAAACCUUAUGGAUUGUCGUAACCUUAGGCGAGUUCCAGGUAGCAUCUAUAAAUUGCAAAAACUUGAAUCAUUUGGUCUUGCUAGUAACAUAUUUAAACCAAUUUCCAAUUCUUUUGAUGACUCUUUCGGAUAUGGGUUUGUGAAUUUAAAGAGUCUUCAACUCAUCAGUCACAAUAUAAUUGAAUUAGAUUUUGUGGAGUGUCAGUACUUUCCGGCAUUGGAAAUUCUACAUGUAACAGCCGAAAAUAUUGUUACCAUCCCUAAAAGCUUUAGCAGAUUAACUAGAUUAAGGCGACUUAGUGUAUUGCAUUGCAAGCAUCUUCGGGAAAUUCAAGGGCUUCCACAAUCUUUAAGACUUUUGGAGGCAAUAGACUGCAGUUCGUGGGAUCAACAAUCAUCAGGCAAAAUGUUGAGUCAGAUCUGUCUCUCUCACUCUAUCUCUCAGUUAUAAAGAAACAAUUUUAUUACCUUUCCCCAAAUACAUAUAUAACUAGAUUUGGUAAACUACAGGCUAUUGAAAAUAUUGUUAAUUUCAAGCGAAUGGGGAUUCAAGGCAUUUUAACGGAUCCACAGUCCUCAACCGGAUUAUCGCAUCAGCUGCCUUUUGUCUCUCCAUCUCCCUCGCUCUCUGAUGACUUGGAAUCUGAAACUGUGAUCUUUGAUUGUGUAUUUGUACUACCAGCAUUUGAGAUUUCAAUGGAAUUCAACCACCAAAGUUUUGGAAAUUCCAUAUCAUUUUUGGUCGGUCGGAAAUUUCCAAAACCUUUUGCUGUCUGUGUUUCUUUUUCGCCAAUACGGCCAUGUCGCUACCUGAUUUAUCUUUCCAUCAAUUGUUGUGAAACUCUCUACCUUUGGCGUCGUUAUGAUUCCAUCCUCGGGUGUAAAUAUUUGUGGUUAUUUACUUUAUCUCAUCGGAAAUUGCAAAAGCAUUUGAGAGACUCAAAUUUAUCUGAACAGAAUGAAGUUAAGGUUAUAUGUAAAAUCGAGAAGUGGAAUAAAAUAUCUUCUUCUUAUGAGCCAAUAAAUCCUAAGGGUUUAAUACAAAGGAUGUGGGUCCAUGUAGAAUGCAUCUGUUGUCCUCAUAUAUCUGAUAUGGAUCACAGCGUUUCCAGCAAGGAAGGAUAUUUAGGGCAUUCAAUGGAAACAACAAAUGCUGGGUUUGAAUCUGGUUUGGAGGGCUUUCAUGGUGAUUUGAAUCUGUCAUUAUCGGUCCCUAACGUCUCUGAGCUACCAGCAUUUAUACCUCUUAAUGAUGGGAGUGAUUUAAGCUCGUUAGAAAAUGAGUCAGAAGCAGGAGAGCGUGAGUCUGACUUCGGCUUGGACGAGACAGAUUCAGCAUUAGGCUCAACCAUCGGUGAUGGGUUUCAUUUGGGUUCUUCUUCAAAGAGGACAACAUCUUGGUCAAAGUUCAAAAAAUUCUCCCGCUCUUUCUUCUCAUGGUCCUCCUCCUAGUCGGCCCCCUUUACACACAUGUCAAGCUUAUCAUUGGGACCGGAGACUAAAGUUUAUUAAAUGGGUACAAAAUAAGGUGUCUACACCAAGCAUUGCCCAUAAAUUCGACCUUCAAUUCUUAUUGUACUUGGGGAAGGGCUGCCCACUAAUUCAUACAAUGUUAUCUCAGGUGUGUCUUGUAGAAAUUCUUGAACUUUUGGAAAUAUAACAAACCAAUUUGCAUCUAACUCCGCAAGUUUUGGACCAAAGGAAGGUAAUUCAUGGAAAAAUGGUACUCCCUCUAAAAGGAAAAUCUUUGCUCUUUUACAAUGAUGUCCACUCUACCACUUCACAUCACAAUGAUAACAAAGACACUUCUUCCUCCUUUUCUCCAUUUGAGCAAUUGUCAAUCUCUACAAAGGCACCCUUGUUCUUGAUUCUGGUGUGGAGUUGUUAUUCUCAGGCUUAGAAGUUCCAAGAAUGGAUGGUCUUAAACCAUUAUAGGAGAUUUUGCUAUACUUCAUGCAACUCUAGAGGUACUCUUCUUGCAUCUUAGCAAGUCCAAAGGCUUCAUCGAGAGUCUUGGGACUCAACAUCUUCACUGGGAGCCUCACCUCAUGCUUAAGCCCACUAAGUAAACAGCUCAGUUUGUGAGGCUCAGACAACCUUCGAACUCUAUUAGAAAUAGCUUCAAAUUGCCCCUUAAAAGCAAGAACAGACGAAAGGUCUGCUUCAAUCUAGUGAGUGACUUCAUAGGAUCAUCAUAAGAAGUUGCACCAAAUCUCACGUGCACUACCUUAACAAAUGCCUCCCAAUUAGUGAACGACCCAAAAUUCUUAGUAUCUUGAAACCAAAUUAAGGCUUCCCUUUCCAUGUGAUAAGAUGCCAUCAAAACCUUUUGGUGUUCUGGGGUAUUGUAAUAAGCAAAGAACUGAUUGGACUUGUAAAUCCAUGAAGCUGAAUCUACCCCUGAAAAACGAGGAAACUCUAAUCUCAAGAGCUUGGCACCUGGCACAAGCCGCACAACAAUGGAGGUUUCCAUAUUCUGAGUUCCUUUCUGGUUUUCUUCUUGAACUCGUAUUUUGUGUCACUCAAUCGUUGAUCAACCUUCUGCAUAAACUGGGCAAUUACACUUAAUUACUGCUUCAUCUCGAUCAAGGUUUAAUCAUGUCCCUCAAACUUGGCAGCCAAUGCUGCAAUCUUCUCGCAAUUAGUGGUGGAUCUUAUCUUUGCCAUGGAUCACUUACUGCUCUAAUACCAAUUGUUAAGACUCACUAAGGCAAUCUGUGGCUAGCACAAGGAAAAGUAUUUCUGGUUGAAUUCAAGGACAACCGGGCCUCCUCACGAAAGAUGGAAGAUUAGGAAUGGAAUUAGGAACUAGUGAAAUGAUUCUGAUACUAUUCAUGCAUUCCCCUUUCUUCACAUUACAAUCCCCUUUUAUACUCCCCUGCUCUCUAACUAACUAACACUAACUAACUGCCAAAACAAUUCAGCACAUGACCUAAUACAACUUAGCACAUGUCUAAUUACAAUUCAGCGCAUGCAUAUCAGUUCAGCACCUAUUCAACAUAUGCUUAUGCCUCAUACAAUGCAAUUCCAAUCACAUGCUAAUGUAUUCGAUAUAAUGCUAUACAAUCUCAAUGCGUUCUAUCAGAUUAGUGACAAUGGCAACAACUGAGAGAGAGGUGAGAGGCGAGAGAUUUAGAUCUAAAAGGAGGAAAAGAGAUUUUAAAUGAAAAUAAUAAUAAUAAAAUAAUAAAAAAUGAUUAUUUACAUAAUAUAGAGUGUAUAAUACAUAAUCUGAUGUGAGUAUUUUUGAGAAGUGAUUGUGUUAAAUAAAAAAAAAGCUAAAAUAGACAUAAAAAUUUUAGACUUAUAUAAAUAAAUAAAAAAGGUGUGCACUUUAUCACACGAGAAGUGUUAUGUCCACAGUUUUUUUACAAUAAAUCAUAGGUGAUUAGUUAUCAUUAGUUUUAAUUUAAACCUAUCACUGAAAUUACUUUUUUGUCCCACCAAUAACAAUUCGUAACAAUUUGUCACUUAUAAUUUGUUGUGAAAGUGUUGUAUACAUAACAUUUCUCUUAUCAUAUGAUCUUUGAUGGUUAUUUGUUACGGAUUCAAAUCUUGUACAAAUAGAGUAUACUAGGGUAUUGCAUUUCAAUCUCAAUAGUUGCUUUUAGAGUAAGUCUAGUGCCAUGACAAUUUCUACUAUUUUUGCCACAACUUGUCUACGUGGAGAGUUGUAAGUGGUGGAACUAAAAUAGUAAGUCCAUUUGGGUUCAUGAUUUCACCACUCAUAAGUCGCCAUAUGAUAAAGUUGUAGCAAAAUUGUGGAAUUAGUUGUAUUACUUGACUUAGAGCAUCUCCAAUAGGCUCUCUAAACAUGAGAUACUCUCUAUUAUAGAGAGUAAACCCACAAAAUGACACUCCAACAGAUGAGCUACUGUUCAUUCUUCAAAUAUUUUUUUUUCUAUUAUUAUAAUAAUAAGGUACCCCAAAUCUACCUCAUAUCUCUUCAGUUUCCCCCAAUAUUUCAAAAACUCCCUCACAAUCUCUUCCAUUAGAUAUUUUCCCGGGAUACCCAUGGACAUCUAGCAGCCACCAUGUCCUUCACCAUCACCAUCGGCAGUGCUUGCCGGUGUGGUCCUCCUCUGUUAAAGUUACUCUGUCUCUCUCUCAUAUCAGUUUCUCUCUCUGUUUUCUCAUUCUCUAAAGCUCACCUCUGGCAGAGCUUCUUCUUGAACCCUCACUACUGCCAUUGGCAGUGAUUACUACUGUGUCACCACCAGUAGUGGCUGCCAGGAAAAAAUAUUAGCCUUUGCCAUCCAAAAAGUUCACUUUAUCUUGCUAAAAAAGGUUUUGAAGCAUUUCUUGAUGUAUUGAGGCCAUGUAUCUUGAAGUAAACAAGGCUAAUUUUGACAGUUGAGUUUCCCCAUUCAUUCAUACAAAACCUCUUACAAGGAUGUAGAGUACAAACCAAGAAGAAUGUAAAAAUAUUUAUUUUUCUUUUCUUGAUAUUGGUUUGAGAAUGUAAUUGACUAUAUGCUUUUUAUUUCUAA